AUGUCUCUUUUUCUAAAAGACACAAAAAGAAAACUUUCCAAAACAAAAGCUGCUUCGCUGCUGCUGCUGCUGCAGCAGCUGCAGCAGCUCGCUGCUGCCUGCCCCUCCGACAGAGACCAACGCCUGGCCCUAAGCUUGGAAGAGGAGAGACAAGCCUUGAGUCGUCUGCUGGAGCUGUUGCAGCAGCAGCCCGAAGCAGCAGCAGCAGCAGCAGCAGCAGCAGCAGCAAACGGCGACGACAGCAGUGUGCCCGUCUCUGACAGCAGCAGCAGCAGCAGCAGCAGCAGCAGCAGCAGCAGCGAUGAAGAGGGCGAGAAGCCAGCAGCGACAAGAAAGAAAGAAAGCAAAAAGAAGCAAAAUGAUAAAAGGACAGAAGACACUGCAGGCACAGCAGCAGCAGCAGCAGCAGCAGCAGCAGCAGCAGUAGAAGCAGCAGAAAACGAGGAGGCAGCAGACGCGGAUCAAGACGAACGCUCAGCAGCAGCAGCAGCAGCAGCAGCAGCAGAUGCAGAGGAUGCAGCAAACGCAGCAGCAAAUGCUGCAGAAGGGGCAGCAGAUGCUGCAGCAGCUGCAAUAGCAGCAGCAGCAGCUGCUGCUGCAGAUGAGUCGCUUCCUUACUCCGUAUCGAGAGCAGCAGCAGCAGAAGCAGCAGCAGCAACAGAAGCAGCCGUAGAAGCAGCUGAAGCAGCAGCAGCUGCCACAGCAGCAUCAGAUGACGCAGCAGCAGCAGCUGCAGCAGCAGCAGACCACGUGCACCAUCCUGCGGGCCCAGCCACAGAAGCUGCAGCAGCAGCAGCAGCAGCAAGUGCAGCAGCAGCAAGUGCAGCAGCAGCAGAAACGUCAACAGGAGACCGCGAAGCAUCUCCUACUUUUAAAGAAGAGGGCCAACAGCAGCAGCAGCAGCAGCAGCAGCAGCAGCAGCACAGCCAGCCAACCCCACUACCGCCGUCUCCGCCGUCGCCACCGCAGCAGCAGCAGCAGCAGCAGCAGCAGCAGCAAGCUGCUGCUGCAUUUGGUGGUCUGUUUGCUGGAUUGGCUGUCAAAGCUGUUGGACCCUCGCCAGCUGCACUGCAGCAGCAGCAGCAGCAGCAGCAGCAGCAGCAGCCGCAGGUUGCUGCUGAAUUGCCAAGCACAUUUACAAGAGCUGCUGAGGCACCUUUUGCUGCAGCAGCAGAAGCAGCAGCAGCAGACGCUGCAGCAGCAGCGGCAGCCGUAGAACCUGCAGCAGCAGCAGCUGCAGCAGAAGACACUGCAGCUCCAGCAGCAGAAGCUGCAGCAGCAACAGAAAUUUCAGCAGCAGCAGCACAAGCAGUUGAUGCUGCAGCAGCAGCACCAGCAGCUGAAGCAGCAGCAGCAGCAACACAAGCAGCAGAAGCUGCAGCAGCGUCAGUGACAGAAGCAGCAGCAGGGGAGUCAACAGCAGCACAUGCAAUACAAGAACCCGCAGAAGCAGCAGCAGCAGCAGCAGAAGCAGCAGCACAAGCAACAGCAGCAGCAGCAGCAGCAGCAGCACAAGCAACAGCAGCACCAGCAGAAGAUGCUGCAAAAGCUCCUAUGCCUCUUGCUGCAGAGCUGGACGACACAGCAGCAGCAACUGAGGCAGCAGCAGCAACUGAAGCAGCAGCAGCAGCAGCAACUGAAGCAGCAGCAGCAGCAGCAAAAGCACCGUCGCCACCAUCCCCACCUUUAGCAACAGCAGCAGCAGCUGCAGCAGCAGAGUUAGCUGCAGCAGCAGCAGCAGCAGCAGCAGCAGAAGCAGAAGAAACAGCAGCAGCAGCAGCAGCAGAAAGAACAACAGCAGAAACCGCAACAGGCGAAGAGUAG